CCCCCCACUGGGGACCUGGCCCACAACCCAGGCACGUGCCCUGACUGGGACUCGAACUGGUGACCCUUUGGUUCUCAGGCCUGGGCUCAGUCUGCUGAGCACGUGCGGGGCUGUGUCUGGGCUUGCUCCUGCCCCAGCCGUGUGUGCGUCUCCGUGCCUGCACCGCGGUGCGCCUGGCGUGCUCUUUUUGAACUUGUUUCCGAGUGGUGGGGAUUUACUGUUUUUGGUUAUUACUCCUUUUGUCUGCUUCAAAUGCUUUAUCUUGUUAGCUUUCAAUUUUUUACUUAGUAUUUAGCUCAUUAUUUCUUUCUUAAUAGAGCAUUUAAGUCUAAGCUUGCUCUCUAAUUUCCUAAUACUUUGCUUGGACGUGAGAGAAGUGUUUUAUCUUUUUCUGGCUAAUAUUUCGUGUUCUUUACUUUUUUUAAUCCGCACCCAAGGGUAUGUUUGUUGAUUUUUGACGGAGCGAGAAGCAUUGACUGGUUGCCUGCUCUGUGUGCCCUGACGGGGGGUCGGACCAGCAGCCUUUCCUGGUGUGCAGGACAGUGCUCCGACCGACCGGGCCCCGGCGGGGGCAUGCAGUGCUCUCGCGCUUGCGGUCAGAGGGCAUGUCCUGUGAGAGUUGUGUUCUCCGGCUGAUGGGGCGUUUCUUUGUUCUCCCGCACACGGUCCGUUUUGAGAGCUGCCCCACGGGCUUGGCAGAGGCGUGAUUGCUGUCUGUGGGGUACUGGGUUUGCAACACUCAGAUCAUAUGUGUUUCAAACUGGUUAGUGUCGGGAGUGCCACCGGGCCCACUGGGGCACCCAGGGACCCGUGCUGCGUCAGGGGCUGCACCGAUCUCUGUGGCCUCAGACUGUCCCUGGGUUUCCUGUGAGCCAAGGCUGCCAGGUUCCAGGUGGCGGUGCUUGCAGUGUCUUGGGGCCCCCGGGGCCAGAGCUCAGUCUCGGAGGCCCUCAUGGAGGAGGGUGCCUGGUGUGCCCACCAGCCAGGGUGUGUCUCACCACUUCUUGCUGUGGUUGGGGGGCGUAAGGAGCUUGCCGACCCCUUCCGUGCCUCCCAAGGCCCCCAGCUGCCCCCGCUCCUUCCUCCGCCCUCAGCCCCAGUGGCUCCCUCUGGUGAGGCUUCGCUGGGCGGUCCUGUCCGGAGGUCUCGCCCCCGUGUGCCGCGUCUCCCCCCGCCCGCCGCUGCCUCCGUCAGCCUUGUCCUGUGAGUGACUUGGUGCUGCUGCCCUGGAGGCUGGCGGCCCCGGAAAGCCGCGUCCCCAGCCUGCGCCAGCCCUGGGCCUGUGUCCGCACGGGCACCCGUGUGCCCGGGGCCCCUAGUAACGAGCAGAGACUCAGAUGAAGAGACGCAACACACACCCGUAGACAAGGGGGCGGAAGACGGAAGCCGACAUUCCACAGGAACCCGUGCCUGUACAUCCCGCGCUUCGCCCACCUGCUGGAGUUCGGCGAGAAGAACCACGAAGUGUCCAUGACGGCCCUGAGGCUCCUGCAGAGGAUGAAGAGGGACUGGAUGCACACGGGCCGGCGCCCCUCGGGCCUCUGCGGGGCAGCGCUUCUGGUGGCAGCCAGGAUGCACGACUUCCGGAGGACCAUCAAGGAGGUCAUCGGCGUGGUCAAGGUGUGCGAGUCCACGCUGCGUAAGAGGCUCACAGAAUUUGAAGACACGCCCACCAGCCAGCUGACCGUGGACGAGUUCAUGAAGAUCGACCUGGAGGAGGAGUGUGACCCCCCGUCGUACACGGCUGGCCAGCGCAAGCUGCGGAUGAAGCAGCUCGAGCAGGUGCUGUCGAAGAAGCUGGAGGAAGUCGAAGGGGAGAUAUCCAGCUACCAGGACGCGAUUGAGACCGAACUCGAGAACAGCCGGCCGAAGGCCAAGGGGGCCCUGGCCAGCCUGGCCAGGGACGGCUCUGCCGAGGACUCUGCAGCUAGCUUGUUUGGCGAGGAGGACGCCGAGGACGAGGAGCUGGAGGCCGCCGCCAGCCACCUGAACAAGGACUUCUACCAGGAGCUACUUGGCGGCGAUCCUGGGACCUCGGAGGCAGCAGGCAGCCCCAGCGGGAGCAGCAGGCCCCCCGCCCUGGAGUCCCUCCUGGGGCCCCUGCCCACGGCAGCCAGCCUGGGCAUCUCGGACUCCAUCCGAGAGUGCAUCUCGCAGAGCGGGGAGCCCAAGGACACGUCGGGGGACGGCGAGCUGGACCUCAGUGGCAUCGACGACCUGGAGAUCGACAGGUACAUCCUGGACGAGGCGGAGGCCCGCGUGAAGGCCGAGCUGUGGAUGCGGGAGAACGCCGAGUACCUGCGGGAGCAGCGGGAGAAGGAAGCGCGGAUCGCCAAGGAGAAGGAGCUGGGCGUGUACAAGGAACAGAAGCCCAAGAAGUCCUGCAAGCGCAGGGAGCCGAUCCAGGCCAGCACGGCAGGGGAGGCCAUCGAGAAGAUGCUGGAGCAGAAGAGGAUCUCCAGCAAGAUCAACUACAGCGUGCUCCGGGACCUGGACAGCAAGGGCGGGGGCGGCACGCAGAGGCCAGACUCACGGCCCGAGGCCAGGGCCAGCUCCAGGAAGCUGCCACGGAGGAAGAAGCCGGCCAGCAGGAGUGGGGCUGACCCCGUGACCAGCGUGGGGAAAAGGUUGAGGCCAUUGGUGUCUGCACAGCCAGCUAAGAAGGCAGCCCUGGGAGAGGCCGUGCUCCCGAGCACCCCCACCCCCGGCGUCCAGCCCGGGCGGCCCGCGGCAGUGGUGGUGGAGAGUGGGCCUGUGUCGUACCACCCCGAGGAGGACGCCGAGGAGGAGGACCCGGACGAGGAGGACGGGGAGCCCUGUGUCAGCGCCCUGCAGAUGCUGGGUGGCAGCGAUUACGGCUGUGACGGCGACGAUGAUGACGGCUACUAAGGUGUGACCCCGCAGUGGGCAGUGUCCUGGUGGCGGACCCCACUGGUGUCUGAGAGGCCAGGCCGGGCCUUGGGCCCCCAGGGGUGAGCGCGGAGACUCCUGUGACGAGAGGUGCUGCCCUGCCUGCUCCACAGCCUCCGCCUCGCGGCCUCGUGUGGGACACGGGGCACAGCACUCUUCUGGACGGUGUGAGGCGCGUCUCUGUCCGGAACAGGGGACUGGACGGCUGCCCGCGUGUGACUGAUCAGACAUAGGUCUCGUGGCCCAAGAGCCCUCUACAGGCGUGACUGUGGGGUCUCCUGUACAGAAACUGAAGCUCAGAGAGGCCAGCCCCUGUCCAAGUGAGUGGGGCCUGGGGGGCUCCAGGACCCUGCUGUCUGCCCCUCGUGGGGCCGGGUGCCCUGCUCCUGCCACCCGCUGUCACGGAGAAGCACUGUGUCCACUCGUCCCUCUGCCGAUCAGGGCUGGUCCUGGACCUCCAGCUGCGGUGCUCAGCCAGACCCUGGCCCCCCCCGCCCUUUCUGUUCUGGGACCAGGCGGAGGGAGCUACAUCCCACCCAUGAGCCCAGAGGGCCUGAGCCAGGACCGCAGUGGCUGCCCAUGUCUGCGCUGGCACCUGGCCCAGCACCCCAGAGGGAAGGCAGGCAGGGCUAUGAGCUGGGCCAUCCUGCUCCAGAGGGUUCCUGCUGCCCAGUGCCGCCUGGGGGGCCAGGCCUCAGCGUGGGGAGGCCCAGAGACCACUGCCCGGGUCUUGGCUGGGUUGCUGCUGCUCUGGACAUGUCUCCGAGGGCCAGGCCUUGGCCCUCUCCUGCUGCCUCAGGAGAGGGUGGCCUUGGUGACAGGCCACCCACACUGCUUCGCCGGGCCCGCGCCCGGUUCCCUGGGGUGGGCUGGGCCUCCUCCCAGAGUCUCGGAGUCUGAGGUCAAGACGUGGGGGCCGUGUGUCUGUGGCCCUCUGGGGCCGGCCGGCACCCUGGGCCACCUGGGAGGUGGAUGGGGGCUGGGUUGCGAGCACAGGAGGACGUCACUUGAGCAGAAACCCACUGAGGCUGUGGUCGGUGACUCUGUGCGUGGCUUCGUGGCCUGCCCUAGAGAGACGCAGCCCCAGGGAGGCCGGAGGGGCAGAUGGGCCUGGAAGACCCCUUGUGGGAAGGGGGCUCUGUGGUGGGCAGCGUGGCUGGGCGCGUGUGGCUGAAGCAGGAGUCCGGCCCCGAAGAGGAGGGGCUGGUGGGGAAGAGCUGUGCCCCGAGAGGGGAGCGAGGAGCAUCUGGCUCGGGGUCCUCGAGCAGCGGGGCCAGUGCCAUGCAGACACACGGGCUGCCGCAGUGGGGGAGGCCAGUGGCCAGACAGUGCCAGUGGGCCGUGGACGGUUCCCGUGUGCAGGUCACCACUGCCCACCUGUUGGCCCGAGGGGGACUCGUGUGCCUUCCCCCCUCCACGCUGGCAUCGCCCUCCCCAGCAGUCGCGUGUCUGGGCGCCCCGCAGCUGAGCCCCUCCGGCUGCUGACCCAGAAGCGGCCGGGGCUGACUCCUCACUGGAGCGGCUGUGGCUGUUGCUGCAAGCCUCUCCUGCAGGGGCCGGCCCUGGGGCCUCCCCGUCCGUCCUGCGCUGAGCCUCUCUGCUCAGAUGUCUCGGGUUGAGGGCAGCGCAGGUGCUGGGGGGCAUUCCCAGGCUCCUCCCUGCUCAGCUGAGGCCGAAGAGGCCGGGGGCUUGAGUGACAGCUCAGGGUCCCCCAGCUGGGCCCACACACCUGGCGGCCCCACAGCGGGUUCCGGAGGAGCCAGGCCGACAAGCACACCGCAGAGACGACGGCCACCCCACACGCCCAGGGGCACCCAAGGGCCUCUGACAGCAAAGCCCGCCGACACCUCGGUCCCUGGAGCCCCGCCCGCCUGCCAUCACGGGUCCCGGGCCACACCACCCCUCCGUCCAGGCCACCCUCUGCCCCCUGUGUGCCCUGGAGGCUGAGGCACUGGCACAGCAUCCUGCUCCUCCUCCAGGUGCCCCCUCGGCCCUGACCCAGGGGCUGCUUUAUGGGGAGGGGCCUGGUUCAGGACAGGCUGCCUGAGCCCAGCAGGGGGCGGCCGUUCUGUGUGCUGCUGCUGCUGCAGCACACGGGCCCCGGGAUCACAGUGGGACGAACUCAGGGACUCGGACGGUGGUUGUGGACGGGCUACCCAGGGAUCCGCUCCCGAGACUCCCCUGUAGCACCUGGACCGUGUCGCCUGCGUUGUGGGAGAGCUGGUGGACAGCUCUUGGCUGCCCCCUGGGGGCUGCCUCCGCCCAGGCUGGUCCUCGCCAGUCUUCCUGUCUCUAGGCCCCAACUGGGGUGGGUCGCCUGCCCCCAGAACUCCCCAUUGUCUGAACAAUAAAAAGCACAAACUGCA